CCUCGCCUAGCAAACUGCACACUGUCGAUCCGGAGACGGGAUGGUAAAGUAAUCUGCUACAGUGGAUUUGUCAGCGCGAAGGGCAAGAGGAGAGGUUAUACGCACGGGUACCGCUCGCGAUCCUAAGCGUUUGGCAAACUUGUUGCAGAGAAGCAAAACCCAUUCUCAUGGUGGGCGCUUCUUCAUCUUCAUCUUCGUCUGUCUGCAAAAGGAGAUCGCGUUGAGGCGCUGGUUAGUUGAAUGUCACCUCAAAUCACCAUGGAUUACGGAAGGACCAUGGCCCCUCCGGUGCCGCCGCACAACCCCAACCCUGCCCGGCCCGGGCAAGUGCAGGAGCGGCUGCUGAAGUGCGUCCUGCUCGGCGACGGAGCGGUGGGCAAAACGAGUCUGGUGGUCAGCUACACUACGAAUGGGUACCCGACCAAAUACGUGCCCACAGCGUUUGAUGACUUCUCUGCUGUGGUUCAGGUGGAUGGAAGCCCAGUUCGACUGCAGCUGUGUGACACAGCGGGACAGGAUGAGUUCGACAAACUUCGCCACUUCUGCUACAGCCGAACCGACGCCCUGCUGCUGUGCUUCAGCGUGGUCAGCCCGGCCUCCUUUCAAAACGUCUGGGAGAAGUGGGUCCCCGAAAUCCGCCGCCGCUGCCCCCUCACGCCCAUCCUCCUUGUGGGCACGCAGUGCGACCUGCGGGAGGACGUCAAAGUGCUGAUCGAGCUGGCGAGGCGGAGGGAGAGGCCGGUGCCGGAGGAAGACGGCAGAGCGCUGGCGGAGAGGAUGGGGGCGGUGACGUACAUCGAGUGCUCGGCGCUCACGCAGAAGAAUCUGAAGGAGGUGUUCGACGUGGCCAUCUCCGUGGGGCUGCGGCACUCCGACAGGAGGGCGCGGCGCGAGAGGAAGGUCCGCAGCACGGCCGACAAGAUGAAGAUGCUGUCCAAGUCCUGGUGGAAGAAGUACGUGUGCGUCCAGUAGGGUGGGCGGAGAUAACCUUCCUGAGACUCGUAUGAAAAUGGAACUUGCUGACUCAUUUGGAGGGACUGAGUUGGAUGUAAGAACUUUACAUUAACGUGGACGACCCCGGUCGAGCUGUUCUGAAUGACUUUAAUUCAGCGGCAGUUCAACCGAGGCAGAGCGUGCCUCCCUGAGCUGCGUGGACAUUAUGGGAUUGAGAUGGAUUCAGCUUGGCCAGAAAAAAAAAAAGCCUUUCGUCGAUGCCUAAAAGAAAGCAAACACAAAGCUGUAACCACUUACUAGUCUAAUGAAAGUGACUGUGACCAGCAUUCAACCAAAAACUAUGGCGCUCGUUAAAGGUUAUGGCACAUGCACGUCAUACUGGACCCAUCCAAAGGAAAUGUGACCUGAGUGGAGGGGAGGUGUUAAGGCGGUGAUGUUACAUACUAAAAGUAUACAGUACAUAUACCUCCUUUUUCUUUAAUUUGAUUCCCUUCUUUAGCAAAGUAUAUUACUUUAUGUGUUCUACACUGUAAUUCAGACCCCCAAAGUCUGCGACAGAGCUAUUUUUAUUCCCAAAGCGUGACGUUAAUGCCAACCCCCAAAUCAAAGAGGCAAUUAUUCUGCUAUUCAAGCCAGUCCCGCACCUUUUACUUUCCUGAAUCAGAAUAGUCAAAAGACAAUUUCUUAAGAAUAUAGCCCGUAGCUUUAUUUUGGAUUACAAUCAAAUGUAUAUGAGUGUAAUUUUCUAUGAAAUCAAUGUUUUUGGACGGUGUAUACUCCACUAUGAACUGACAUUGUCUGCGCCUCAUUUUUUGCGACGUCGAUGCAAAUGUUAGUCGACCAUGUAUUAGAGAUCGUUAAGCUCACCAGUACAUAUCUGCUACAGUAGAUUGAUGCCAAAAGAUGUUAAUAGAAAAUAAGUUUUUACAGAUUUGGAUUAUCUAGCCAAUUCAUACUGAAUCACAUAUGUCAGCAAUAAGCGUUGGAAGGUUUAGUCUUUGACUGAAAAGCAUAAUCUGAAAUGUUUUUUUGUUUUUUUUUUCUGUUACUGUUACAAUGUUGCAGCAAUACGUUGGUGGUGCCACUGUACAUUGCACUUAUCACGCAGAGUCCAAACACAUCACUGAAGUCAGGCCAUGCAAUGGCCUUUGGACCAGUGUUAGAGUGGAAACGCUAAAGCUGGGCGUCAGAGCAGGUGAAGUCGGGCCGUGCGUUCCCUGCACCGCACCGCAAGUCUGGACGAUCACAGGGUCUUUCACCGUCCCUGCAUUCGUGGGCUUUAAACAUGAAUAAUUACCUGUCUUUGACGGUCAGUAUAGCGGAGCUCCCUCCUCUGUUGAAAUCAUACAGCGAAUGAGGUGAAAUCACCAAAGAGACUGCAUUUGCUUCUUAUUUUUCAGAAGCCUCGUCAUUCAGCUGUGUCUAUUUAUCAGGUUCCUUCCGAGUCAGUAACUGCAAUACGGAGCAGGUGUGAAUUAUCAUAUGCCAUUAUGUAUGUAACACAGCAGUCCUCUGUGAUGUCUGUGCAAUGUCAUCGGGAUAGUUCUGUGUGUCCGAACUCAGUGACUCAGUCUCUGGCUGUGCUGUCCAACUCUAAAUGGUACUUAACAGUAUGGGUGUUUCAGUUGGUGUCUGACGAGAGAAGUUUGUUGAGCUGUAUGAGCGGAACAAAAUAAAAUGUGAAAUAUUUAA